AUGGCCUGCGCCGUGGCGAUGCCGAUCGACUUGCCCCCGGCUCCAGCUCCGGCGGCGGAGGAGGUGAAGGCGGUUGAGGAGGACGAGGAGGUGGUGGUGGAGGUGGAAGGAGGAGGGUGCGGCGGAGGCGCCGUGGUGGUGGCCGCGGCGGACGCGGAGGCGGAGGGUCACCCCUACGAUUUCCACGUAUCCGGGCCGCGCAACCUGCCGCCGCCCAACUGGAAGGAGAUAAUCAGAUCGAGCUGGAAGGAUCCAAAUUACAAAAGGAUGGUAAUGGCCUGCUUCAUUCAAGCAGUCUACCUGCUUGAACUGGACAGGCAGGACCAGAAAGGCCAAGAGGAUGGCCUCGCUCCAAAAUGGUGGAAACCCUUCAAGUACAAGGUCACACAGACAUUGGUGGAUGAGAGAGAUGGUUCCAUCUAUGGCGCCAUGCUGGAGUGGGAUCGUUCUUCUGCCUUAUCUGACUUUAUCCUCAUAAGACCAAGCGGGGCCCCAAGGGCUGUGUUAGCUCUCAGAGGAACCCUCCUGCAGAAGCCAACUAUGAAGAGAGACCUGCAGGAUGACCUUCGUUUCUUGGUAUGGGAGAGCCUCAAAGGUUCAGUGAGAUUUGUUGGUGCUUUAGCAGCACUAAAAUCAGCAGUUGAGAAGUUUGGCAGCGCCAAUGUUUGUGUUGCUGGUCACUCCUUGGGAGCUGGCUUUGCACUUCAAGUCUGCAAAGAGCUUGCCAAACAAGGAGUUUUUGUGGAGUGUCAUCUUUUCAAUCCACCUUCUGUUUCACUGGCCAUGGGUGUAAGGAGCAUGAGUGAGAAGGCCAGCUACCUGUGGAAGAAAGUCAAAGGAAGUCUGCCAUUGAAGGAAGAAACAACAACACCACUUGAGACUGCUAAGGCAGAGGCAAGUGACAAGAAGAGAUUGCGCACCGAGAAGAAAUGGGUGCCACAUUUGUAUGUCAACAACAGUGAUUACAUCUGUUGCCACUACAACGCUCCCUCUUGCUCGUCCACAACAACAGAUGGUGCUUCUGAUGAACAGCAACAACAACGCAAGGCAAGUGAGAUUGCUGGUGAUGUGGUCGCAAAGCUCUUUGUGACAUCAAAAGGCCCGCAGAAGUUCCUUGAGGCGCAUGGGCUACAGCAAUGGUGGUCAGAUGGCAUGGAGCUGCAGCUGGCUCUCUAUGACAGCAAGCUCAUAAACAGGCAGCUGAAAUCCAUCUACACAACAACAACAAUGCCAUCUCCUGCCAAGUCCUAG